CAACCAAUCAGCAUUCAGGGCUCGAACCACCCAGUUUAUAAUUGGAGAUAGUUUAUAAAUGUAUAGAUUAUAAUACAAUCCCUUUGAUGACAGGUCUCCUCUCAAUUUUAGAUUAUUUUCUCAUUAAUCCAAUUAUUUUACUCUCUCGCUCACACACACACACACACACACACACACACACACACACACACACACACACACACACACACACACACACACGUUGUCCAUCUCACACCUGUCCCCCACAGCUCUCUCUCAGCUCUCUCCCCAGCACCGUUGUCCCCAGCCUUUCCUCCUCUCCAGGGGGCUGUGCUACUGGAGGACCGAGGGCACGGUCCUCCAGACAGGAGGUGGCACUGUUCCAGACCCUGCAGGAGGCUCUGAGGGAGAUUGACCUGCCUGAAACACAGGACCUGCCACAGGGUAUGAGUCACUCUGAGAUGUGCAUCUGUGUUUUGGGAUCCCCACUCCCCUAUCUCUCUCUGCUGUUAGAGGCAGGCCAACGGAGCCCAGGAGAUGCUCUCCUGUGUCUCUGUCCAUCCUGGCUCUCUCGCUCCUCCUCCCUCCUGGUCCACAAGGCUGUCACCUUUGACCUGGGAGGGCGCACUUUCCUAUCCAACUUCAACCCGCCUCGCAAGGUCACCUACUUCCUGUCAUCUGACCCGUGGGCUAAGGAGGAAAUGACCCGAGAGACAGACUGCCCAAGCGGAGGUUCUGGAGCACUGGGUCAGUUCUGGGGGAAUGUUCUGACCACCAGGGUUCUGCUGCAGAAGGCCAAGAUCCACUGCCCCCCAACCCUGGCCCUUCUGUUACCACCGGGGCAGAUGAGGCUGGAGGAGGGCAGGACAGGAGGGGUGGAGGUGGUGCACCUGGAAAUGGGAGCGGAGGAAGGGAUGAACUCUGUCAGAAACAAGGUGGACACUUUCCUGGAGUCUGAGAAUAUGAGGGGAUCAGAGAGGGUGGUGCUCAGGUGCAGUGGGGGGAGGUUCGUGGGCGAGGCAACCUCACCCCCUGUCUACCUGUCGAGGAACAGCAGGGAUGAGGUCUGGGCCAAGGUGAGUUAUCUCCUGCCCCAACUCCUCCCUGGAGAGGCAGUCCUGCUCGAGGCCUACUGCUCCCCACUGAAGCCUGGGCCACGGGUAGAGGACCGCACCUGGGAACAGUACACCGACUGCAGGCCUCAGGUUCCAGACCUGUCCUUCAGACUGUGUGCCAUAGUAACUCGCUCACCUCUGGACCUGCCUCUCCUCUACAAGUUGGUGUGUAGAGUGGGUGUGUCUGACGACCCUCUCUCUCACAGCCACUCCCUCUCUCAGUCUUUGGAGACCACCCUAUUAGAGUGUGGUUUCACUGACCCUACCAUGGCGAAAUCUCUCUGCCGUCUAGCACUGGACACCGCCCUGUCCUGCCUCUGUGUUGUCAUGGAAACAGAGUCAAACAUGUCCGCAGAACAACGCGGUGGAGCGGGUGCCCAGACCGACAUGAUAGGCGUGGACCUCCUUUUCACCAUGGAUGGCUCCAUCAUCAGGCCUGUUAUUUUGGGCCUCCAUCCCUCCCUCUGUCUCCACUCCUCCUUCCAAGAGCGAGGGAUGGGGAUGGAGGGAUGCGACAGUGGGAUAGAGGGGUGGAGUAGGGGCACCCUCCUCCUCACCCCUCUCACCCGCUCCCAGUACUACCUGAUGCAGGGGAAAACUGUGCUGGUGGUGGGAGCUGGAGGACACAGUAAGAAGUUCAUCUGGAAAACAGCCAAACAGUACAAACUCAAGAUCCUGCUGGUGGACAGUGACCCUGCCCACUUCGCCUCCCAGUUGGUCGACCACUUCCUCCCCCUGCCAGACCUCCCCGACCAUCGGCGUGAUGACCAGCACUGCUCCCGCAUCUGUGAUUGGCUGUUGUCCUCCAGCCUCCGCCCUGACGGCUGCGUGUGCUUCUGGGACGAAUGCGUGGUGCUGACAUCGCUGGUCUGUGAUAGGCUGGGGCUCAGGGGCCCUCCCCCUGAGGCCAUCCGCAUUGCGAAGGAGAAGAGCCGCACCCACAGGCACCUCCUGGGCCUACUGAAGUCUACGGGGACUAACCUGAUCAGUGUUGAGCAGCCCUCCGGUCAGCCAGAUAGCCUAGUUGAGUUUGGAGAGGAUGAGAGGAGAGGUAGACAGCAGAAUGGCAUGGUCAACAUGGAAGGAGAUAGCCUGAGAGCUAUGGCUGAUUUCGACAGGGGGGAUCUCUUCAAUGAGGCAAUGGGCAAACACGACACUACCGCCCCUACCUCUUCCUCCCCCUCACUCUCCUCUUCCUCCUCACAUUCCUUUGGCACUUUCCGUCCCUCCGCUCCUCUCCUCUCUCCCUCCCCUUCCUCCUAUGCUGUUCCCUGUAUCCACGUGGAGAGCACCCUGGAUCUGGAGAAGGCAGCCAGUGGGGGGGAGGGGGGGCCUGGUGGGGCCAGUGUGGGGGUGGUGAGGUUCCCAGCGGUGAUGAAGCUGGAGUACGGCGCGGGGGCGGUGGGCGUGAGGAAGGUAUGCUCUCUGGAGGAAAGUCUGGCACACUUUGAGAGGAUCGGCGGGGACCUCCGCGAGGAGACAGACUACCCUGGCAUCGGCCUGGGCUGGGGCAACGCCAUGAUCCUCAUGGAGUACGUGGGAGGCACCGAGCACGACGUGGACGUGGUCCUGUUCGAGGGGAGACUGGAGGGCGCCUUCGUGUCCGACAACGGCCCCACGCGCACCCCGGCCUUCACCGAGACGGCCGCCCAGAUGCCCUCAGGGCUGGCGCAGGACAAGCGUGCUCAGCUGAUCCGUGCGGCACACCACGCAUGCCUGGGCUGUGGCCUGCGAGACGGCGUGUUCAACGUGGAGCUGAAGAUGACAGAAGUGGGCCCGAGGCUCAUAGAGAUCAACGCCCGCAUGGGCGGCUUCUACCUGUGCGACUGGAUCCGCCAGCUGUAUGGCGUGGACCUCCUGAUGGCGGCCUUCAUGGUGUCCUGUGGGGUGCGUCCCUGCCUGCCCUCGGCCACAGCCCUCCCAGCCAGAGGCCACUUUGCUGGGGUGAUGGUGGUGGUGUCACGGCACCUCCAUGCCCUGAGGACCACAGCCAGCCCUGAGCGCCUGAGAGGGCUCCACCAGGAGGGGGCGUUGUGGCUGAACGAGCUGGCGGAGGAGGAUGAACUGAUCUCUGGUGAGUACGAGGAGCCCUUCUGUAAUGUCGGGGUGAGAGAUGCCCACAAUGCCACCAACGCUCGCCAGCGCCUCCUCGCCCUCUGCCAAGGGCUGGGCCUGCACUGUCCUCCACGCUAUGACCUGGGCUACUUCCUGUCCCAUUUCAACUAGACAGGAACUCAGGGGGGAGAAGCAGGGUUUGUUCAGGAGGGUGCCACAUUUACAUUUGAAUCACAGAUCAAAAUAAUACAAAGAGCUGAAACGAUUCCUUACUCUGCAGAAUUAUAUAUAUUAUAUUCCUGCCUGAAUGUUUGUUCAUUACAUUGGACCCUUCUGAAUAGAACCCAUGUUUAGCAAGGUUGUGCUGUGUGCAGGGGUUAGUUUAGUUAGCUUAAAAGGUACAUCACAGGAUGAACAAACACUUCUCAUAUCAAAACAUAAUAUGUUAUCUCAAAAUUGCAAAUUCAGGGACUAAUCAUUCAGGUAGCAGAACCUUUCCAUUUUUAGCACUUAUAUUUUGGGGACCAUCUCGGGAAUAAAAUACAAGUUUCGAAAAGAUAUCUUCAUCAGUGAUUGGGAAGAAUAGGAUAUGGGUGUCUAUCUAUCUUGAAUUUAACAUUCAAAUAUGGAAAAACUUAUGGAAAAGCUUCUACUUUGACAAGUCAUAAAAUAAAUAGAGGCCCUUUGUACAAUUAUUGAAUUGGAAUUUCAGUUUACUUCCUGAAUUGACAGCCUUCAUUUCAAAUCGACCCCAACCCUGUUAUCUACUAGGUUGUGGCAUCAGCAGUCUACCUUACUACCUCAUAACGUAGUAGGCUGCACACUGUGAGCACAUAGCAGUUGUUAAUAACCUGCACACUGUGAACACAUAGCAGUUGAUUAAUAACCUGCACACUGUGAACACAUAACAGUUGAUUAAUAACCUGCACACUGUGAACACAGUAGUUGAUUAAUAACAUAUACACUGUGAACACAUAGCAGUUGUUAAUAACCUGCACACUGUGAACACAUAGCAGUUGAUUAAUAACUUGCACACUGUGAACACAUAGCAGUUGAUUAAUAACUUGCACACUGUGAACACAUAGCAGUUGAUUAAUAACCUGUACACUGUGGACACAUAGCAGUUGAUUAAUAACCUGUACACUGUGGACACAUAGCAGUUGAUUAAUAACUUGCACACUGUGAACACGUAGCAGUUGAUUAAUAACUUGCACGCUGUGGACACAUAGCAGUUGAUUAAUAACCUGUACACUGUGGACACAUAGCAGUUGAUUAAUAACUUGCACGCUGUGGACACAUAGCAGUUGAUUAAUAACUUGCACACUGUGAACACAUAGCAGUUGAUUAAUAACCUGUACACUGUGGACACAUAGCAGUUGAUUAAUAACCUGUACACUGUGGACACAUAGCAGUUGAUUAAUAACCUGUACACUGUGGACACAUAGCAGUUGACUAAUAACCUGUACACUGUAAACACAUAGCAGUUGAUUAAUAACUUGCACACUGUGGACACAUAGCAGUUGAUUAAUAACCUGUACACUGUGGACACAUAGCAGUUGAUUAAUAACUUGCACACUGUGAACACAUAGCAGUUGAUUAAUAACCUGUACACUGUGGACACAUAGCAGUUGAUUAAUAACCUGUACACUGUGGACACAUAGCAGUUGAUUAAUAACUUGCACACUGUGGACACAUAGCAGUUGAUUAAUAACUUGCACACUGUGAACACGUAGCAGUUGAUUAAUAACCUGUACACUGUGGACACAAGGCAGUGCAGGGUUGGAAAAGGUGUGAGGGGGAGUAAUAUUACACGUGCAGUAGGUCAGAGUGUCAUUAGCUAAAUAGUUAUAUGAAGGAAGAGCAGAGGAAAAUUGCAGAUUUUGAGGAAGGGGGUUUGAGGAGAGCAGUAGAAUAGCUAAAACAGGUGGACAGGGGUGGCGAUUGCGGAACCUUUUAACUCUUGGCCCAGAGAUGAUGUCUGCGGGGCCAGUGCGUUUGAACUUUUGGGAAAAUGUAGAAUUUAGGAAUGCAAACUCCCAUACAUGUGAAGUUAGAGGUCAUAUGAAAGUUCAUGUCUUAAUUUAAAAGGUUGAAGUGAAAUGUUGUUCCCCCAAAAAUAACUCGCUAUCUAAAAGUGUAUGGAAAUGGGGAUUGAAUUCCACCACAUAUUCACACCAAUUUUAGCCCAUAAAACAAAGUGCGUUAUUUUGUAAAUGAGAAAUAAUUUGAGGCAGUUUCACCGUUGCAAUCCUCUUGACCCUGGAACAAGACCUAACCUUGGCAGUUAACGUCUGUAGUGUGGCAUUUGGGGUCUGGUGUCAGACUGACCCAGUAAGCAGGGUGAAACUGAGAUGCCAUACGUAUCCUGGCCACACCACAAAACCCCCCAGACAAGAUUUACAGUGGUCAAAAGGUUGUGGAUUUCCCAUAUCUUCUGUUUCUGACUAUUAGUUUAUGUAUUUCUGAUGUAACAUUUGGGAAAAUAUAGUAAACAUAUAUUUUUUUACCUUUAUUUAACUAAGUAAGUAAAUUAAGAACGACUCUGGGCCAAUAGGACGCCUCACCAAUCACGGCCAGAUGUGUACAGCCUGGAUUCUAACCAGAGAUUGUAGUGACACCUCUUGCACUGAGAUGCAGUGCCUUAGACCGCUGCACCACUCGGGAGCCAACACUUCUGGCUUUUACUCAAAAAGGAGGUGUGAGAGGAAAGUUCAAGAAUAAAACAUCCUAUCAAGAUUACAUCAUUAAAACCAAAGAAUAUGUCAAUGACGGUUUCAAUGAUCUGAGCCCUAUUAAACAAACAAACAAUACCCAGGCCAGCGACCUCCCUAAAAAAGGGCUCUACUGCAGGUGAGCAUGGGGCAUAUUAGGCUGUGAAAACAAAAUGACUGACUGCAGCCUCUAUUCAAACACAGCAGUGUGUUGUGGCUCGCCAUUUGCUCUAAACAUGUUGACAAUAAUGUUAGCUCAAUGCUCACACAAACCUAAAUGGCCAGAUGAUAUGUGUUGUUGUUGUAGUACUCAUCGUUCAGCACUUAAAACACCCAGUAAUUCACCUUAUCUUCAGCACCACUCACUAGCGGUGAAUCGAAUGGUCAUCUAUGGCUGCUUCAGGUUAUGGCAAAAGAUGAGCCUGUAGUUCCUCAUUGACAGACCACGGAUCCUGAUCAAGACUUCAGUAGCUAAGCUGCAGAGGAGAAAGGAGAGAGAGUGUUUGAAAGAAGCUGCUUACUUAGUUAGAAAAAGGUUUUAUAUUAUAUUGACAAGAUAGUUGAGUGACCUCUCAAACAAUGGAAAUACAUGUCCUCAAGAUGGAAGGCAAGAUUAGGUGGGACCAUUCUAGGCUGUCUAGAUGGGAUACAAUUUAUGUUAGAAUUGACUUUUCGUAUCAGGUUAGGAGAACUUACGCAGCAGGUUAGGAGAAUUAGGGUAAGCGUACCUACGAAGCCCACUUCUUUCUUUGGAUUUUUAACUUUUUUUUAAAUAAAAAUACAUUUCCUGCUGUUUAAUGAUGCGACUAAUUCAUCUGGUUGUUAUAUCCAUACAUUUUUCGGUUCUAAACCAAUCCAAUGUUUUAUUAUUAAAUGAUUAACAAUGUGUAAGGUCACACUAGUGGCCAAUUUCAAAGUUGCAAAAAAAAAACGUUGGUGUUGAAGCAAGGGUUGGAACGGAAAUUAUUUUCCAAUCGUUUCAUUCUGAACAGAAUCACAAUGUUCUUUUGUUUCCACUGUUCGGACCAGCAAAAUAAUGUCCCGAACCGAUUCGAACCCCCCAAAAUACUGGAUUAUAUCGUUCCCUCCUGUUCCUUUUUAACCUGUGAAAUCAACCGUGUUUUACAUUUAGCUCAUUAAAAAUUACUUCGCCAAUCAGCGCGGAUAGAGCAGGCAAGCUAGUUGUUUACACGCGUGAUGUACAGACAACUGUAGUUUACAUCGCAAGAUGCGACUGAAAAUUUGUGGGUGGGGAGAGAGAGAGAGCAAGAGAGGGUUGAGGAGGAGUCUUGAAGCGCUGGGCAUCUUGUUAUGACAUGCAUGAUCUGAUUUAGGUCCAAGGAAUUGUACCUAGGAGGAGCGGCUUCCGUGGAGGAACUUUGAAUGUCUUUUGAGCUAGCUAGCUAACACGCUUGUGUGUGCAGAGCAGCACCAGAAUUAAAAACACGUCUUACCUUUUUGUAGUUUAUAAAUCCAAUGUGAAAUGUGAUAACUAGCAUUGAAAAAGUUGAUCCAUUCUUAUUUAGUUAUUUUAUGGUUUUCGGUUCUGUUACCUGAACUGGUUUCAACCACAGAUACAAUGUUUACAGUUACACAUUGUAUUACAAAUAUACAGUAUGUGUAACGUAUGUGAUCCGUUACAUAUGCAUCAUAAAUAAUUUCACCACAUGAGAGCAAUGGUGAACAAAGCCUUAAUAUUAACAUAUGUUUAAUCGCGGUUACCCAGAAGUAGAAUUCUCUCAUGAAAGUUUGUAAUUUCCUGUAACGAGAAUCUGUCCACGAGAGAUUAACACAGAUUUAAAGGGAUUUUUCUGUUGACUAUAAACAAUAGCUAAUGUGGAAAUGUUGUUUCCUUAUUAACAAAGUUUUAAAACAAUACAAAUAGAAUGAAUAUCGUGUUAUGAUUCAGCAACUAUUUUGAUUCAAAUAUAAUCAAUUCAUAUUUCCUGUGUUGUGUAAAAUACAAUAAACAUUCAAAUCAA